AUGCUGAAUGGUACUGGUUAUAUCACCAUUCCAGGAGCAGUUGUCAAGACCAAUGAAAGCUAUUCAGUUGCUGCAUGGGUUAGAAUCUUCAAAUUUAAAACAACGGAUACCUAUCAAACCUUCGUUACUAUUGUUGGUGCACAAAUUAGUGAAUUUUUUCUCCAGUUGCGUGGUGACAACAGGCGUUUCUCGUUUGUUGAAGUUACUGCUGAUCAUGGUGGGGCUCCUGGUGCUGCAGCUACUGCUACGGCAAUUACAGUGACUCCAAAUGUUUGGUAUCAUUUAGUCGCUGUUUCCGAUACGUCAUUGCAGCAGAUCCAAAUCUAUGCUAACGGGGAGCUGCAAUCUACGGUAACAUUUGCUGGCGGAUUUCCAGCCUCUCAUAAUACGAUAAUCGGACGUAGUUUAGUUGCUGGAAACUUUGCUGACUGGGUAUUCGGCCAAAUUGAUGAAGUUUACUUGUACACCGGAGUGUUAACAAGCGAUAAAAUUAAAGAGUUAGCCGCAAUCUCUCAGGGUGAGCAACGCUAA